AUGACUAACGAUAGUCCUGUUGCUCCGUUCAAGUAUGACCUACUAGAGAGAUAUUCGGAGGAAUUAGAGGUAUCCGAUGGAAAAGCCGAAAUUGAAACUUUUAGGCGUGAGACGAGUCCACCGGAUCAUGAUACUGGAAGUACGCCGGAAAGGACCCCAGACGAGCAAUUACCGGUCGGAUUCGUUCACCAACCGUCUACAUGGGACUUAGAGGUAUUAUCAACACCACCCGGGAAUCAAACGGGUGGGUACGGAUACUAUUAUGCUCAAAGUUCAGGCGAAAAGGUUACAAUAUAUGUGGUAGAUACUGGAGCCAAUAUAGACCAUGCGGAAUUUGUUGAUUUGCGUUCUCGGAAUCUCAUUGAAGAGUGGAGAUGGGCAGGCCCAUUUGCUGCAAGAGGUCAAUAUAAAGAUCUAGAUCCCGAAGCACGAGGAACUGGGAUCCUAGCUUCGAUAGCAGGGAAAAAUCUCGGUGCGGUGAAAAACUCAAAGAUUGUGAUCAUUCGGCAACAGGAUAUUAGCGGUAGUUUCACGAUACUCAACGCUAUAUCUUCGCUGGUUGAGACGUAUCGUUCGAUACGAAAUAAAGGUAGCACUGCCGAAAAGAUCGUAGUAAAUCUAUCGUGGACAAUAAGCGCUUCACCGCAACAGAUGCAAAAUCCAAGAAUCAAGCGACUGGUCCAAUAUUUUCAGGAAAUUUUGAAAGCUUUGCAUGAUAUGCCGAACGUCAUCGUCGUUCAUGCUGCUGGAAUGAGCAGAGAUGAUUCAUUGUCACUGUUCUCUGGUCCUAUAAUCGACAAACUUCCAAAGCUGGUAUCUGUCGGCGGGGUAAACGUUUUAGGUCAUCGAAUACACGCUUAUGACAACAGAAUUCGGAUUUUCGCGCCGGCCGGUGAAAUCAUGACACCGGUUGGUUGGUCGAAGAAACAGUACGAGCUCGUAGGCGGUGUUGGACAUGCAUCGGCAAGGGUUUCUGGAAUAUUGGCAUAUUUUAUGGGCAAAGGAAUGGAUCCCGAUAAUGCGCGAGCACAUCUAUAUAGCUUAGCGUACCCUAGGGGUGACGGUGAUGCUCCUGUGGCAUGGAAUGGAGAACUUGGUGGAUCUUCAAAAUGUCAAUGCGGGGGGGAGGCUUUAGCGUUCACUGAAACUUUGGCGAGGACUUUAAUGAGGCCAACGAUGGGGUUGGAUCCUCGUGGAUUUACUGUUCUAACAGAUACCGACAUAUCCCCCGUUACAGUAGCUAGCGGUAUAUCAGAGCCAGUGGAGGGCGGCGGCCAUAUACCCGUCAUUCACCAUGGUCAAUCCGAUGGCGCUGCGCGGACUUCUCAUCAAUCUGAAGGCAGUACCCGCGCAUCUACUCAAUCCCAAGACGGCGAAGCACUUUCAUCUGGACCCACAUCAACUUCGAUGGCUCACACUCGCCGACCCUCUGUAACAGUUUGGGUCAGUACAACGAUUAUUCACAGCACAAGGGUCGGCGAUAUCGAAUCAAUAGCUACUUUGGUGUCUGUCAAGUCAAUUACGAGCACUAGAAGUUUUGACGACGAAUUCAAAGGUAACGGAGACAGCACAGUAAAUCAGCAGACCGCUAUAUCAGGGAGUGACAACCAGAAUACUCUCGCAGAAGAUCUCACGGACUCCUCUACAACGAUGGCCCGGACGGAAGGGGAUGGUAAAACGUAUGUUACUACUAUUUCGGAACGGAUGACGACAUCCGCAGGUGAAAGAGACCAGAAGGAUUAUGUGGAAGUCUUCGAGACAUCGACUCGCACGGGCGAGGACGGUAAAAUAUUUAUUGUUAUCCUAAAAAAGACCGCUAGAAGAGAAGCCACCUCGGCUAAUCGUGGGAGUUCAGAGGGCUUCGUGACGUCAACUGGGACGAAUGGGGAUGACCAGACUUAUACCACUACUCGCCCCAAACAUACUCAGCUUCACUCCACGACAUUUGCAGAUACAAAAGCGACUCGGGUCGUAGAAGAUAUAGUUAUUCAAACGUCGACUGGCACCGAUAAAGAUGGGAAAGUUUUCACAACUACCCGUUUAGUGGUUACAAGUAUCUACCAAACUAUAUCUAGGGUGGCCAGUGACCGGCAAGAUGAUGAUGUGGAACCCCCUGAGAUCUUUACUGGUACGGACACGGAUGGUAGUCUAUUUACCACGACUCGCUCAAACGGUGGAUGGCGCCGAACGACGUCUGGGGUGACAAAACCGCAAGAUGAAGAGAAAGUUACUGAGAUCUCGACUGGUACGGACAAAGAAGGCAGUAUAUUCACCACUACUUUGACGAGAACUGGUAUUACAAACAUCCAGACGAUCCGUGGGGUUGAGUUUGAGACAUUAAUUGAUACCGAUAAGGACGGUAGUACAUAUACUACUACUGUCCCAAAGAACACAAAAACUCACACAAGUAAUAGGGAGAGUCAAAGUUCCACAGGGCCUACACGCUCAAGCGGGGUAACGUCUGAGGAUGUAUCGGCGAGUAAGCGCAUAGGAAGAGGAGGAACUACAUCCGCACCGGAAGGGGAGGAGACAGUCUUCAGUACUCUCAAUGAUGGCAGCGCAAUAAGAAACGAGACUUCUCCAGUUUCAACUACCAACAACGAUAGGCGCUCUGGCCAUUCUGGCAGCCCGGUGACAGCCGGGAUGCAGAAUAGCUCUUUGCUUCCUGGACAAAAGAAUAAUAGUACUACCACAGGGUCUCUUGAAUUUCCCAACAGCCAUGGGAAUGGUACCACUAUAGGACCGUACGGUCGAAAUUCCACCUUUGGUACUAUGACUGCGUUUGGGAACUCGAGUGACCAUCACACAGUGUUCAUAACGGUGACAACAGCAAGUUUGGUUUUCAUUCCGGGCCCAGCAGCCGUAAUCUCGGGUGUCGAGCCAACCAAAACACCACCGCCAGCCACCACACAAAGUUCUGGGGGGGUUACUCUGGAUCACAAUUCGACAUUAUCUGAUGAUUGGUGGGCACCAAUUGCUGAGACUACAACUUACCCGCCAGUCACGGCCACCUUUCUGUUCGAGGACGGAGAAAGUACCGUUACUGUUACGACCACCCAAUCUGGCGGAAUGAUAAUCGUUCCACCCCGUGACUGGGAUAACAAGGCAAAAGAUUUACUCAAAGAAAUUGUCGGUAAAGUAAACCCUCCCCCGGUGGGCGCCGUUCUUGGGGGGGCGGCGGCAGGGGCGGCGGCGGCGGCGGUUUUGUUAAAGCUCCCCCGAAAAAUUCCCCUCCCUCCACGGGUACAGCUAGGGAAAUGUGGCUUGCCAAUUUUCUGUGAUGCUAUCAAAGGCCUGCCGCUACCGAAACUAAGGGCGCCGCACCCCCCGCCUUUAGGGUUCCCGACAAUAUUCGGAGCCCUAGCGUUCGUGAGGAUCCCCAUGCCCGUAGUCAUACCAGGCCCGCCCAUGCCAUUUCCGGUACCAGGGCCGCCGGUUCCGUUUCCAGUGCCUGUGCCUGUUCCUCCCAUACCAGUUAUUGGACCGCCAGGCGGUCCCGGUGGCGGCGGCGGCGGCGGCGGAAAUGGCGGCGGAAAUGGCGGCCCUAAUCGUAAUAACGGCAAUAAUGGCCGGCCUGCUACUGUAACUGUAACUGUAACUGUUAAGGACAAUAAGCCAGAUGACAAAAAGGAUCCAAAUGGGAAGGAUGACCCGGACGACCCGGACGACCCCGACGAGCCCACCCUGACUACUACAGCAGAAAACAGUCUAACUCGUCUGUCAACUCGAACCAGAGCUGAAACAACUGAAGCUCCAAGUACAAUCUACACCACUACCGCCCCAACUUAUACGUUUGAUGAGACGUACUCGAUUACUUCGACCACGGGGAGACGUGAUAUCACAUUGUCGAGCUCUAGAAGUAGAAGAACCAGUUCCUGGAAUACUACAGCCACUAGUGAUGAUGAGGGGGAGACUACCACUAGCUAUGAAGAGAGCGAAACAACUACUAGUGAUGAUGACACUUUUACAACUACUCGUGAAGACGACACGAUUACAACUACUAGUGAUUAUCUCACUUUUACAACUACUAGUGGUGGUGUCACUUUUACAACUACUCGUGAAGACGACACAAUUACAACUACUCGCGAAGACGAGACCGCGACAACUACUCGUGAAGACGAGACCGCGACGACUACUCGUGAUGAUGAGACCGAUACAACUACUAGCACGGGGCGCCGGAGAACGACAAGUAUCAGAAGAUCUAGUAGGGGAACAACCUCUGAAGAAACAUCAAGUACCUCGUCUGAAACUUCAAGCGAGUCAUCGAGCAGCUCAAGUUCUUCAUCUAGUUCCUCAAGCUCCUCAAGCUCCUCAAGCCAAAAGAAUGCAACACUCAUUGUCACUUAUACAUCAACAAACUUCGAUCUCCCAAAUUAUGUUACUAUCACCCUAACUGGAACAGCCAGUCUUUUGCCUACAGAGACUGGUAGGAUCAGUAGGACCGUUAUCAAAACCUACACUUCCACAGAUUAUGAAAACCCGCGUACAAUCUUUGUUACGCCCACGGGCUUCCAGGGAACGAAGGUAAUAACUGAAGCUGGACAGACCAGAACGCUUACUUACGUGUCAACAAAUUACGAAAACCCUAAUACUAUCUACAUCACCCAACCGGGCCAGACCAAGGUCGUGACCCAUGUUUCAACGAACUACAACGAUGUAAACACAAUAACGGUUACUAAAGAAGGGGAAACAAAAGUCGUGACAUACACUUCAACUAACUAUAACGACGUAAAUACAAUAACGGUUACUAAAGAGGGAGAGACGAAGAUUGUGACAUACACUUCAACUAACUAUAACGACGUAAAUACAAUAACGGUUACUAAAGAAGGCGAAACGAAGAUCGUGACGUACACUUCAACUAACUACAACGAUGUUAACACAAUAACCGUUACUAAAGAAGGCGAAACGAAGAUUAUAACCCUAGUAUCGACGAACUUCAACGACGUUCAGACAAUUUAUAUCACCACUAGGUCUAAGGGAACUGUCACCGUUAUGACGACAACAACAGAUUGGGGCUACAGACCGACGAUCAUUUCAACAGUAUUCGGCGCCGCGCCAGUAUACAUCACCAAAACAAUGACUGAAAAAUGUAUACCAGGGUCUCGAGAUAAAGUUGCCGAAACGGCCUCUGCGACUCCCGCCGGUGCCGUAACUUCCACCGCCAUGGCAAUGGACGCCGCCCUCACUGCUUCUGCAGAUGCAAAAGACUUGGUUAAACGAGUUAAGCUCGCGGACGGAACAGAUGUUGAUAUAAAAGUACCGGUAGUACAAACUAUUUGGAAAACUUUAGUAGCGACGGUUACGACACGAGGCGCUAUCACGGGUCUUGUAGCCGUACCCCCUCCCAAGAUCGGCGUCGGUAUCAAACAAGGCAAUUGCUACGGUCUUACUCACAAUCGUUAUCUAAACCCACAUGCGAUUCGGGAUUUGAUUGAAAAUCAGUUUUGUCCACAGUUGGAGUUACAAUCUGACUACGGAGAAUUCUGGAUGGAAAAUUACGGUGAUACGCUAAACGAAGUUGAGGUCAGCGUUGUAUGGGGUCAAGGAGCACGGCCUAGUAGAUCUUCAUGCAUCACGUAUCUCCGUGAGGUUCUCAUCGAUGGCUGUGAUGGGGAUGGGGAAAGUAAUCCUUUGGAGUGGAAAGGUGGCGGGAGAGUUCUGGGUAAUGGGGCAUUGUGGAUUAUACGUCCCCGUAGAAACCGCGCUAAAGCUAGGAAAGAGAGGAUUGCACAAUGCAACUUGACAAAUGGGGUUGUUGGGGAUGACUUUGUGUUUAAGAUGGCAGGGUAUGGUUUCUUGGAUGCUGACAAUGGUGUGGAGUUAUAUAAAGCGAUUGAGGAGGAGUGUCGUCAGCAGGACUUGACGCAAUGGAGGUUUAAUUAUGAGACUAGUAUCGCAGGGGAGGGUAUCAUUGAGUGGACUGCGGAGCAUAAAGGUCGAGGAAAUCAAACAUCUUGCGUGGCAAAUGCUAUUCAAAAGGUUAGCGGUCUUGAAGGGAUUCAUUGCAAUAGCGAUUUUUGA